AUGAGGGGAGUUUGGCUUUUUCUUCUGAUAAUUACCCCUAUUCCAGUCAUGGGACAGUUCAUAUUACCUUUCCUUUAUAUGCCGCUUAAGCGCAUAUUUACUGGUGAGUUUGGGCCGCAACCAAAAUACGACAAAGUUACUACACAUCACGUGAAGACUGCAAAAAGGUGGACUUUAGAUUUCACAUACUCUGAAAACCUAAACGAAAUUAAAAUUACAGUUUUUUCAUUUGCUUCUUCUUCAUCAUUCACCGCUGCGGACUUGGAAAACCUUGAUUACUAUUGGUCUUAUAGUGUUCCUUUUGACGAGUUGGACAGCAACUACUCUGAUCCUUUAAUUGCUGCAACGAAGACACCAGCUGACUAUCAAAAGGAACUUUUAACAUUUGUCAGUCACAAAUUCGUUUUUGACCUAGACAAAGUGGCGUCUAUUUUAGGAAUUCCAACCAUAAAUCUGUCGAGUUCUUACGACCCGGCCAACUGGGAGACCGUUGUUCAUGCAAUGGUUAGUGAGAGUUCCUCUGCAUUUUCCAGACUGCUUGAACUUCCCAAUGUUACUGCCUUGGCCGAAUUGAUGGACAUGGAAGUGCAAGAUUUUCUUCACGUAAACCUUAGUAGAUUCGAGGAAAUGGUGUUUCCUUUCCUCCCCAAGAAGGCGAUACUUGACAAGAACAGUACUUCUUCUCUCAUAAACUGCUCUGGGAUCUUGCCCGGAGAAUCCUACAAUGAUGUGACUUUGGCAAGGAUACUGCAACACUACGAGAAUAUAUCACUUUCCACCCGAGAAUUCGGCAUUCUGUACAAUCUCACAAGAGAGCAAGCCAAGGCAAUAGGCAGGUCUACAUUCUAUCAAAUCUUUCGCAUGUGUGGUAUUUCAACAGAAACUCUUUUGAGCAUGACCUUGCCUGAGGUCUCGUGGAAGGUUGUUGGAUCUCUGUACACAUCGCCGCCAUGUCCUGUUUUGAUCAGCAUUAAACGAAAAUCCAUCGAGUCGUUCAAAAGCAGUGUUGACACGCUAAACGCAAGUGUGUUGGAAAUCCUCACAGACGUGUCGAAUCUUACAUGGCGUCAAGUCUACGAGUCUGUGAAUGUAUCUCUGCCAGAUUGGGAGUUUCUGGAUUCCGUAACGUUGCCACAGCUGUCAGAAAUCGGUGAGGUUUCCCUGGAAACGUUACUCACCGACUCUGUUAGUGAGGCCGUGGUUCUUCUUUUGAAGCUGCGAGCAGAUGGGUCUCUCAAUAACAAGACUGAAAACCAUCGUUUAUUUAUUAGAGCUCUUCUUAGAGAAAAAUUCAACCUCUCUUUAAGUGACGUGGCAAACCUGACUGCUUUAAGUGAAGUGUCUCUUCAAGGUGCCCCAUCUCCAUUGCUUUUCAGACGAUUUCUGAACGCAACCAUCGCAAACUUUAGAUUGAAUUUAAGUGAUAUCGUUUUCUCUUUGCAAUUGUCUGAAGAAGAACUCUAUAACCUACCAAGACAAGAAUGGAAAAGGGUAAUUGCUAGUAUUGUUGAUUCCGUUGUGCAAUCCGAGGCUAGCGUUCUUCAGAUAUCAACGGAAAACUUACUGACAUUUUUGGGUGUCCAAUCUGUGGAACUGUCGAUUGCAAAGUUAAAGGAGCUGAUAGAAAAUCAAAUCUUAUACGCUAAACGCCACAAGACAAAGUUUGAAACCGUGCCUAUAAUCAUGUAUUUGUCUCAGAAUGUUGUCUCUGACGAUACUUACCUUAAUUCACCUGUUCUCUCUCUGGUUUUGUCAGCAAGUGGAUUUAAUUCCAAUGAACUCAAACUGUUAUAUGGAUACAAUUCAGAUCAACUUUUCAUCCUUCAGUCCUUGCGUAUUAAUGAUUUGCCACUUUAUUGUACCCUCAACACGUCUACUGUCAAGCACAAAACACCGUUUAACAUUACCGCUGAAAUCGUUGGGACUAGGGAAGCCGCACCCGUGUGUACAAGUACGAAUUUUUAUGUCUCAGCCCGAACCAAAAACAUGUCUCAGUUGAAGUCUGAAUUCAGCCUUUUCACGAACUCCAGCGUUUCUUUUGUGACUCUUGUUGAGAAGGUGACAGGUCUUCCAUGGCGACGAAACGUUUGGGCCUUUGGAUUAAAGAUGGAAGACUGGACGGUACUGUACGUUCUAAACGAAGACUCGUACAAGGAAGUUACUUCUAGGCUACGGUUAGAUCCAUACCUAUCGACGGCCCUUCUGCAAAUACUCAAUAAAUCAGUAGAGCUAAAGGACGCAGGCAAUGUAGAUAUCCGGACCAAGAUAAUUCAACACCGGGCCGGUACUCUGAAUUUUCUUUAUGAUGUGUUUAAUACGAAUGAAGCAGAGCUGAUGCAUUUUGGGAGUAAAUCCAAAGCGCAGUAUGAUGUGCUGUUUCCUAUUGAAGUGUUUGCGUUAACGAUACAGUACUUAGUUAACAAAUUCAAUGUGUCCGUUAGCAGGAUCGGAGUGUCAUUAGAUUUGAAUCCUGGGGAACUUGAAAAGCUUUCUCCCACUGAGUGGCGCGAGAUGAUACCAUUUGUAAAGAACGAGAUCAUUCGAAGUGGUCAGCAUCAGCUGGGCGUAACGAUAAACAAUUUCGCUCAACUCUUACAAGAGAUACCUGAGAACCUUCAGAACUUAUCGCUUGCACAACUUGAAUCAAAAUGGGACAGUAUGUUUUCCAGGCUAGUCAGAGGUAAGGAAGCUAUUGAGACGGAAACACUACUGCAGAUUAUAACGGCUAUUGGGAUAACGCCGAGUGGCUCAUUAGACGAGGUUACUUUCUUAGAAUUUAUUGAAGAGAGGAUCAACAUCACUAUAUCAGAGGUUCUACUACUCUACAACUACAGUUCUACCGGAAUUGACGUUUUAGGCAACUACACAAUUUUGGAAACUCGAGGAUUUUGUAACCUGUCUGAAAACAAUUUCCUGAGUAAGCGGCCGAAAGAUUUUAUAGAGUCAUUACUUGGGCUCGACAACGACAUGUCAUGUAGAAAGAUAGCACUAGUUGUUGCUGCAUCGACUUUGACUGUGAACGAUUUUGCAGCCAAAUUCAGCCUUGAAGUGGCAGACAAUGUCAGCUUGCUAACGAUGUUUGAAGACCUAUUAAAGCUUCCGUGGCCGAAGAUUGCAUGGGCGGUAAAUGCCUCUUUACCAGAUUGGCCCAUUUUAGGUGCGAUAAAUUUAAAUGAUGUCGGUCAGUUGGUGUCGAAAACCACAGCAGUAAUGAAAAGUCAGGAGUCAUUCAGAGAUAUAACGAUGCAGCUGUUAAGUGUCUCCAAAAACUCAUACUCGCAGUUGUUAAAUGAAUAUCGGGCACAGAUCGUUAGUAAAGCGGGCGAACUCUUCAGAGUCAACUCCUCCCGAAUAUGUGAUGACUGUGACGUAGUAGACAUUCUUUGGAAUUCCCUCAGACAACUUAAUCAGUUCAUCGACUUCGACCCUCAAAUGCUUCCGAAUCAGCUUAAUGUCUCCCAUUAUGAGUUUAACCUAACUGUCCCGUCUCAUUGGUCUGUAAUGGUACAGCACAUAGUGAGGGAUGCGUACUUAAGGGCCACUGUAGCUCUUGGUAUGGAUCGCGAUCGAUUGUCAAGUUUUUUGCGAACUUCAACUGAGAUUGUAGAAAAUAUGACAUUACACCAAUACCAAGCUGUUUUUACUCAGUCUAUCCAACCCUUGAUCGCCGCCAAAAGUGCUUUGAACAAUUCUCUGUUGUUAGACCUUGUUGCGGCUAAAGGCUUGAAUUUGGCAGCUCUGUACAAUGAAAGUAUAUUCAUUGUCAUCGAUGUAAUACUCAACAUAUCUGCACAGAAUGCUUCAUUCAUUUUCAACUGGACUACUGAACAGCAGGCCAAGUUGAAGAACUACACACUAGAUGAUUUAUCCUACUACAAGGGAGUAUCCCUUCAGGACCUCUGUAGUGAAAGACCGCUUUCCUUAGUGGAAUUUACUAUACAGCAAUCAUUUACCCCACGUACAGUCGCACCACCAACACUUCUCCCGUGCAAAAGAGGAACAGUCAGGUCGGGAAAUGACCGAAAUUGCUCAGGUAAAACACUCUUUUGUGUUUUUAUCUGAAGUAGAAAAUUACUACAUAUUCCAAUCUCACGUGCCGCAGAGGACUAAGGCCAGCACACGUACUCUCCAAACGUCAUGACAUCUGUGACUUAGAUUUGAUGAUCAGUACGCGUUUUUUCAAACUUUCACUCCAACACGCUAAACCUGUCAAUUCAGGCAAAUUCUCUUCGAGGUAAGUCCCUAAGGAUCGCAUCUAAGUCGAGAAAGUGGAGGAAGAGUUCGUUGCUCUGUAUUUACCUCCAACGUGAAACUUCACGUUAAAAUAGUUCACUUGGCGGAUGUUCAUUGACGCCAAACAAAUGAGCCGAAAAGUGAGUUGCACUUGCAGUGUUGUUCUUUUGCUUUUUUGAUGUUUUCGUUGUUGGCGUCCUCGUGGUUGCUGAAGCACAUAAUUUUUGAUGGAAAAAGUUUGGACUACAACCACAGAGAUUAAAAGUUAUGAACUUAGUUAACCCAUAUCUAAUUUGCCUUCUAAAUACGCAGAUGUAGAUGAUUGUGCUACGAAUAAAUGCGGUGAUGACAGCUUGUGCCAGAACUACCAUGGUGGAUACGACUGUGAAUGCAAUGCCAUUGGUUACUAUAAAGUCAAUAACAAAGGAGAGUGUAAACGUAAGGUUUUUUUGAAAAACACAUUUAAGAUAGGUGGAGGAUUCCUAAAGAUAGAUUGCAAAAAGUGCUUUUUGCUUUAUUCUGAAUCUUUUAAAUCUGGGCAACGUAUCAAUGGAAAAAACAUUUUAUGACUGUUUUAAAAAUGCAACCGCUUUUCAUCGUUAAUUUAAGUUCCCAUUAUUGUUACAACAGUUUUAUAGUUAAGUCUCCAUACCGCGAGAUUCUAAAGUCGAUAUCUUUACACUUACAGAGUCGCUAGGUGUGAAACACCAGAUGGGAGAUACGUUGUUUCCAUGCGCUCUAUUAUUAUGCUUGAUGUUAUCUGCAUACGCUGUAUUCGUUUUCAAAAAAUUGCAGAGAUCAGUUUGCAUGUUGUGAAUGAAAAUCAGGAUCGCGCUCUUACGCCAUUCAGUGAAGGGCGGAAGAGAUUGUUAAAUGGCUUUGGAGUUGCCUCUGCAGGCAUUAAUAUCUUUAACUUGAGUAGUAACGGAAAUGUACAUUUGAGUGCGUUCUUUGUAAUCCUGAAAGUCCGUUUCUUCGCUUUAAAUAAGAUAGGCCACAAUGCUCGGACAACUCUUAAUUGGAUAUUUUGCCUUUGUCUUCAGCUAGCAAGACUUUUGCGGGUAAAAUAACCGUUGAAAACUUGGUAUAUCAAUCAAGUUACAAGCUAAAAUCAGCUGGAGAUUUCUAUGAUUUGAAAGAAAUGUUCGAAGAAACGGUAAGCUGCAGAUAAGUUCCAAAAUAACGUUUCUUUUGUUGCCUUUUCUCCAUAACACCUAAAGAAGAACUUCUAAUCACCUUGAAAUAACGAUUUUUUUGCGAUCCUCUCCACGUUAUUGAUUAAAAGUUUAAGUCCUUGCAGUUAAUACUGAGAAGCAAAGGUCCAUUCCUUUGCUAGUUCGCAGUAACUUUAACUUUAUUAAUUAUUUAGUUUCGAAAGUAGGCUCAAAAUUAGUGAAAAAUAUUUAGACGAUGGAUGCCGAAACCAGAGGAUUAUAUUGCAAAGCUCACUCGAUAGAAAGCCAGGAUGCGCCGCAAAAUAACCUCAGCUGAAAGUUACAUAACAGGUUAAUAGAUUAAAACUAACUAAAAAUUGCAAUUAUUGUCCGUUUUAAGAAACGGUUGAAUCCAGCCACUUAUAAUGAAAACGAAAGAAGUUCAGUUAGCGAUGUAAAUGCAUAACACGGUCAAGUGUCAGUUAAAGUUUCAAGGGUGUUUCAGUCUCCUUAUUGUAUAAUGUUUUUGUGUGCAUGUUCGUUGAUCCCUAUGUAAUUUUAGGUGAAUGGAAAAUUCAAAGAAUCUUCAGUCAGGCAAUACUACUAUGGAUGUCGUGUCCAGGAUUUUAGGUAACGCAGUUUAUGCUUUUACACGUGGAGAUUACCAACUGUUUUUUUUUUACGAUUCGGCCAUAACGACGAGUACUUGGAAGAGCUUGUCUGAUCCGGCUAGCGUUAAAGAGGAGUUGUAGGUUUUAAUGAAUCAACAGGAAACUGGUUGACCUCUUUUAAAACAGAUUAGCGGAAGACUUUACGUAACGAAAAGGUGUUGUCUGUGCGUAGGAAAUUGGAAGUACUUUUGACCUUCUCUUUCGGAGUAUUUGAAGAUUUUGCCAUAUGAAAACUGUAUCGCUUUUUUGUUUACAGUAACGGAAGUGUUGUUGUAGAUUUCUUGAUCUACACGAGUCGUGACUUCACUGGCACGUUACAGGAUUUACAGGACGCGCUUGCAAGUGUUGUAAACAAUUCAUUCCUUGGUCCUUUUGAAGUCUCUGUUGCAAAGAUUUCAGGUAGGUUCGUUUCAUACUAUCGGUAACUAAGCCGUUUUUUGUUUGAAACUAUACUUAAUUGCAAUAACAAUUUUAUCAAAAAAGAACAAUGAAAAAAAAAGAAAAAUCAAAAGCCUAACAAAAGCGCUCAAAUAUUAACUGUUUCUAAAAAUGACUGAAGCGAAAAAUGGUCUUCUAGGUGUUAUUUAACAAUUAAUGAAUGAGGCUGAGUAUCUUAUGAAGAAUUAUGGAGAUCUUGGAGGGUGAUAACACCCUCCGAGAUCUCCAUAAUUCUUCAUACGAUACGAAAGCCGAAUUCAAAUAUUGUUUUAUUAUUCAUUCAAACUAAUUUCUAGUUUAAAAACAAAGCAAAAACGUGCUUACCUCCAUCCAUGUUAAGUUCACCUUCGAUAGUGCACGUUUAGGGUUGUUCAGCUCCGCAAAUAUCCUCCAAAUGGCAGAUGUCGCCCUUCGAGUUGUGUUCUUGCUGUUCUUGCCAUGUUUUAGCUAUAAUUUCGCCUAGUUCUUACUCUUGAAACGGGUAAUGUCCGCCAUUUUUUGUUUGCACAACCAAAACAAGUCAGCCUUGUCCCCAGGUCUUUUCGGUUAACGGUGCAUUAACCUGCAAGAACGCUGCAUUUUUGACGUCUUUUCCUCGUUAAACACAACAUUUUUCGAAAUUUGUUCAUCAGUAGCUGGUUAUGGUGAAUUAUACCUGUGCUUUUAGCCAAUCAGAAUUGGGGAAAUAUUUUGAAUGAAUAAUAAUGAUGGUUAAUAGGUGAAUCUGGAGACGUCAGUAUUGCUUUUUAAAAUUCCAUGCACUGCUGAAAGCCAUGAAUUGGUUAAGCCAAGCUUCUUAAUCUCUCUUUGUUUCUAAUAUUUUCCAUUUUAUAUGACAAUGUCAUUGCAACUAGGUGUAUGCCUGCAAAUUGUACUAUGUCAAUUGCACAAUUUUGUUUCGUAUCGUCUUGAACUUCAAGAAUAUUUCUUUCCAGAGCAAAUGGUUAACCGUUAUUUAAUCUGUCUUUAUGUACAGUUGAUGAUUUUGAUGAGUGUAAAACUCACCAAGAUAACUGCGCACAGCAUGCCACCUGCAUUAACAAAGAUGGAUCGUUUGAAUGCCAAUGUAAUGAUGGUUACGAUGGUGAUGGUCUUACCUGUGAAGGUAACUUAUGCUCACUCAUGUUCUGUUUUACUUAG